UGAAUCAAACAUCCAAUAUCUACAAAGAUGUAAGUUCAAAAAAAUAUCUACAAAGAUGCAUGCGUGUUUGGUAUCGUUACAGAAAAUCCUUAGUGUAUAGAAACAUUCCCCUCAUGCCACAAUGUGAACUUAAACCACUUCGCUCUCUAACAAAAAUCCAUUAUUUAUAUUAAUCAAAAUGUAUUAUUCAACAUGCUCACACUACCAAGAGAAGACUAAGACUACACAUAAAUCAUAACUUACAAAAAGACAAAACCUUUUUUCAUAAAAACAGCUAUUCUUGUUCGAAUUAUGUCGGAUGUAACUUUAUACUUUAGUUAUAAGCUUUCCUUAGCACAUUAAAUUAAUGAAAACACAAGGAUCUUCUUCCACGCACAUGCAAUUAUAUAUUUAUAUAUAUGGUCCACUACACAAGCAAAAUGCUACGACUCGACAAAACAAAAAUUCUCACAAACACUCUCUCUCAUUCGAAACUAGGGUUCUUGAGUUGUCCAUGGAGAGAGAAGAAUGCAGCAGUAGCGAAUCCGGCUGGACUACGUAUAUUUCUUCACCUAUGGAGGAUGACGAGGAAGAGGUAACUGAUGAGGUGUACUAUGAAGGGCAUAUCACCGGAAACGAUAAAAGAAAGCAUGUCAACGACUACGAAAACAACAAAGACAGCGACGAUUCAAUGGCUUCCGAUGCUUCUUCCGGGCCAAGUUAUCCCCAAACGAGCAAUAGAGGGAGAAGCAGAGAAUGUAUUGUUUUAAGGAAUGGGAAAAGUGAAAGUAAGAGUAAGAGUAAUGAGGAUUAUGACCAUAAACAUAAUGCUAAGAAUAGUGGUAAUUAUAAAUGUAGGAUACAAGAGAAGAAAAAGAGUGAAAGUAAAAGUAAGCAUUUUAAAAAGAAGUAAGUUCUAUCUUGAAGUUGUUUGUGUGUAGAUUGGAUUGUUAAUUUCCAUUUUUAUGUUGGGGUUUUUUGAUGCCUCAGGCAAAGGGUGUGUGAUGAUUUUUAUCUGUUUCUUUCCUUUUCAACAUGAAAUUUGAUAUUUGUACUCU